AUGAAUUCGGACUCCAGCUCCAGCAGAGCUUCCUCUCCAGACAUGGAUGGGAUGUACCACCACCACCUCCAUCCUCAAGACGGCCGCCUGAACUCGGUGUCGUCCACGCAGAGCGAGCUGCUCCAGAAGAUGACGGGCGAGCUCGCGUCCAAGACGGCCUCCGGCAGCAAGUACAAGCUCAAGAAGCAGGUGACCGAGCAUGAGAUCCAGCAGCUGCGCUUGAAGAUCAACGGCCGAGAGCGCAAACGCAUGCACGACUUGAACCUGGCGAUGGACGGGCUCCGCGAGGUCAUGCCGUACGCGCACGGGCCGUCGGUGCGCAAGCUCUCCAAGAUCGCCACGCUUCUGCUGGCCAGAAACUACAUCCUGAUGCUGACGAGCUCGCUGGACGAGAUGAAGCGGCUGGUGGGCGAGAUCUACGGCGGCCACCACUCGGCGUUUCACUGCGGGACGGCGGGCCACGGCGGCGCGAGCGCGGCGGCGCACCAGGUGCAUCCUCUCCUCGGGAGCGCACUGACCUCGUCGGCCUCCGCGACGCUUUCCAGCACGUUACCGGGACUUACCUCCAUCAGGGCGCCGCACUCUUUGAUGAAGAGCAGCCCCGCGCCUCCGCUGCAGCUCGGGGGCUCGUUCCAGCACUGGGCGGGCUUGCCGUGCCCCUGCACGAUUUGCCAGGUGCCGCCGCCUCCCCACCUGCCCAUCACCUCCACAGGACUGACGAGGCUUUCCACAGAGAACAAGGACGCGAUGAAGUGA